GUCAGCAACCCGAAAGCAAAGAUCGUAAGACGCCCUUCCGAUCCAUCGAGGAACGGCCGAGAAUCAAGAGCGAAGCGAACAGAGAAACAACAUUCUUGACCAUCAGUUGUUCCGAUAACAUAUAGCUAGAUAGAUAGUAUUGAAGCCAACAUGUUAUCCCCAUCAAGCAUCCAUCGUCCUUGGAGAAAAGCGGCUUCCUGCUUCCCUCGCUCGACGACCAAGAGGGUAUUGUCGUCCAAUGUUGUUGCUGUGAACGACGACGAAGGUCCCAAACGAUUCUGGAGCAAAAAUCCUGAAACUGGGCGCUACCAACGCCCCAUUUUCGUGGCUGCUACCCGACAACAUGUUGGAAAGACAACGGUGUCGCUGGCAGUAUUAUCUGGCAUUCAAAAGAGAUUUGAUAAGAUAGGCUUUAUCAAACCGGUUGGUCAGCAGCAUGUGCGAGUGGAGUCCUUGAAAUCGCCUGGGAAAGAGAUCCGGGUGGAUAAAGACGUGGAACUUGUCAAGGAACGAUUCCAUCUGGACCAUCUAGACUAUGAAGACAUGAGCCCCAUCCUGAUUCCACGAGGAUACACCAAAGAUUAUGUCGACGGAAAAAUUGCCUUCGAGUCGCAGCUAAGUGAUCUGGAAUCCUCCAUGGAAAGCGUUGCAGCAGCCAGUGAUAUCACAAUCUGCGAGGGUACAGGGCACUGUGCUGUAGGAAGCAUUGUGGGUCUCAAUAACGCAAAGGUCGCCAGUAUUAUGGGUGCCGACAUGCUCUUGGUUGCAAACGGUGGACUGGGCAGUGCAUACGACGAGCUGGAACUGAACAGGGUUUUGUGCGAACGAUAUGGUGUGAACGUUGCCGGUGUUGUGAUCAACAAAGUCAUUGUGGAAAAGUACGACCAAACACGGGAAUACAUGUCAAAAGCACUGAUGAACAAUUGGGGUAUCCCACUGCUGGGAUGCGUCCCAGAUCGGCCUUUCCUAGGAUGUCCCGCCCUUGCUGAUUUGGAACGGCUCUUUAAGACAACGCUUCUUUGUGGAGAAGAGCACCGCUUUCGCCACUACAAUGUGGGAGACAUUAAUGUUGUCACCACAAACCUGACACGCUUCCUUGAAAACUUGAGAGAAAAGCCAAAGCGAACCCUUUAUAUUUGUCAUGUUACACGAGAUGAUCUCAUUGUGGGAUUCAUGGGUGAACAUCAGCGUAGGAUUGCCAAUGGAGAAGAUCAUGAGUUUGAAGCAGCUCUUCUGAUUUGUGGCAGGAAGAAGAAGUAUCAGUUGUCUGCUGAGAUAUCUGACCUCCUCCAAGGUUUGGAAGGAGCUCCGGUGAUGGUUGUGGAAACAUCAACACAUGAAGCCACAUCCAUGAUUGCCCAAUACACUCCCAAAUUGAACAUUGAUGACACGAACCGAGUUGGUGUCGCCAUUGAUCACUAUGAACCCUAUAUCGAUUUUGAUGAGAUUCUACGGAGAACUCAGACAGACUAAUACCAUCUCCUGAGAGAUAACUGAAGAAAUAUUGUUCAGUUAUCCGCUGUAGAGGCUACUUGAAAGUUGUAAAGGCAGGUUAUUCUCGU